AUGUCGCAGAAGGUCGUCAUCAUCGGUUCUGGCGUGUUCGGCAUGUCCACCGCCCUCUGGAUGCUCCAGACGGAGAAGGACAAGUACGACGUCACGAUCCUCGAGAAGUGCGAGACUGUGCCGGCGCCGGAUGCCGCAUCGACUGACAUCAACAAGAUCAUCCGUGCGGGUGACUACGCCGACCCCGAGCUGUCGGCCCUCUCGGUCGAGGCCGUCGAGAUGUGGAAGCGCCCCGAAUGGGAGGGAUGCUACCACGAGAGCGGCGUCAUGUGCCUGUCGGGCUCGGACCCGCGCGGCACACAGUACGUGCAGGAGUCGUACAAGAACUGCAAUGCUCUCAACCUCGAGCCUCGGGCCAAGAACAGCAGCGCCGACAUCAAGGGCGUGUUCCCUCCCGAGCUUGUGACUGGCGCGUUCCCCGACCGUGUCGGCUACCACAACGUGACUGGCGGGUGGGCCGAGUCUGGACGGUCCAUCGAGAUUGGCCUGCGCCGCGUGCAGGAGCUUGGCGGCAAGAUCCUCGCUGGCGCCGAGGUCGUGUCGUUCCAGAAGGCCAAGGACGGCAAGACGGUCACUGGCGUCGUCCUCAAGGACGGGAGGGUCAUCCCCGCCGACCUUGUUGUUGUUGCCGCGGGUGCGUGGACUCCCGGACUCCUCGAGAACCCCGCUGUUGCCGCGCGCCUGCCGCCCAUCGUCGCGUCGGGCCAGACGGUCUGCAUCAUCCAGCUCACUCCUGAGGAGGCCGCCAUCCAGUCCAAGGUUCCCGUCGUCUUCAACCUCGACAAUGGGUUCUACAUUUUCCCUCCCACUGCCGACGGCCAGGUCAAGAUGGCUAUUCACAACAAGGGAUGGACCUCGUCGCUCGGCGCCAGCGCGUUUGGCAGCAACGUCUCGGUUCCCCGCACCAAGCUCUCGUCCGACGCCGAUCUCGGUACUCUUCCCGCCGAGGCCGUCCACACCAUCCGCGCCCACCUGCGUGACCACUACCCCGAGCUGGCCAAGAAGCCUUUCGCCGACGUCCGCAUGUGCUGGUACUGCGACACGGUGACUGGCGACUGGCUCGUCGACUACCACCCCGACUUUUCCAACCUCUUUGUCGCGACUGGUUGCUCAGGCCACGCGUUCAAGUUUGCGCCCAACCUCGGCCGCGAGGUGCUUGCGCUCAUUGAGCGCCGCCCCACUCAGUUCACCGACCGUUUCUCCUUUGCCCCCACCAACCCCCACGGCGCCGACUACCGCGGCGGUGAGAUCCGCGAGAUCAACCUUAACGAGCUCGCUGGCCCCACCGACCUCCUCCCCUUCGGCCGCCCCUCCCGCCUGUAA